GUCAAAGGUCAGGCUCGAGGCUGUGGCUCGGCGCCUUCGACCCCGAGUCGAUUCGCGGCCCUGUCGCCACUGGACAUCGAUCAAUUAGAAAACAACAACAACAAUAACAACAACCGAGAAACAAUUAAAAAGGUGGGGGUUGGUUGCUGGUGUUCGUGCGGCGGCGGCGGCUGAAUCGGCGCUGAAAGAGACUGAGAGCAAGGAGCCCGUGUGCCAGCGCGUGGCGAUGGCGUGCGCGGCGGUGCUGGCCGUGGAUCCGGACCCGCGCGGGGACUUCCCGGCGUGGCUGGCGACGCGCGGCAUGAAGCCCACGUUCGCCGAUGCCAUGGAGCGCGAGCUGGGGAUCAGCGACUACGAGGAGCUGCUGGCGUGCGCCGAGGACGUGCAGGUGACGGCCGAGCUGCUGGGCGCCGCCCGCGACCGCCUGCCCUUCGCCUUCUACGCCGUGCUGCGCCGGCUCGUGCGCGCGCUGGCGCCGCGGCAGCGUCGGCGCCGGCGCCGACGAAGCCGCAGCCGGGAGCCGCUCUCCGGCAACGGGAAGGAGGAGGAGCGAGCGAGGGACGAUGACGGUGGUGGCGAUGAGGAGGAGGAGGAUGAUGAGGGGCCGGGAGGGUGCGCCCCCGACUGCGAGGGAGUCCUGGCGAGUCGCGCCGUCCUCGACGCCAUCGUGGCCACGCUGAGCUCCCUGAGCCGUGAGCUGCUGCAGUCGGCGCAGAGAUUCCGCUGCCUGGAGCCGGCGCUGCCGGCAUCGCCGUGCGGCGGCAGGAGGAGCCCACGCAGCCCGGGAUUCUCGGAGGCGCCCUCGGGUGCACUGGGCUCUUACGAAGCCCACGUGCGGAACUUGGAGGAGGAGGCUUUCCCAAUAUCCGACUCCAUUACGACCAUGAUGAACGGCGCUCAUGAUCAGUGCUCGCAGCGGAUAGAGCUUGACGAGUCCCUGACAGCGCCGGAGCUGUCCCCACCACCACCACCACCACCUCCUCCUCGCACCUCAUCUCCUCCAGCGGGUGUCGAGUACGCGGGGCGACAGUUCGACUCCCACAACUGCUUCGGGCAGGCGGAACCGUGCGUCGCGUGGCGCGAGAUCAAGCUGGAACGGGACGACGAUGGCCGCGGCGGUGGCAAUGGCGGUGACGGGUUCUCGCCUCGCUCCGACGGCGAGGCCGAGGUGGCGAUGGUGGCGGAGCGCGCGGUGAGCGGGGCCUGGCUCGGCAAGACCGAGCACGAGGAGGACGUGAUGGCGCACUGGCAGGCGGCGCUGCACUCGCACGGCACCAACUACGAAGAACCGGCCGACGUCGUCCCGCAGCACGCGCCGCAUGGCGACCAGAGCAUCCGGAGUCGCAUCCCCGAUGACGAGGUCACGGACGGCUGGCCGGGCCCCGACACGGCUUCGCUCGAUGCGCCAGCAGCCGCUUCGGGCGACAAUACCGACAUCGCCGGCAUCCGGCACGGCGCGGCUCCCUGCUCGUUCCAGUGCCGCGACUGCGGGGCGAUGUUCGCCCAGCGCCAGCAGCUGCGCGCGCACCGCAUCACGCACACCACGAGCCGGCCAUACUGCUGCCGGCUGUGCGGCAAGGGCUUCACGAAGGCCUACAACCUGACGGUGCACAUGCGCACGCACACGGGCGAGAAGCCCUUCCUGUGCGGCCAAUGCAACGCCACCUUCCGUCUCAAGCACCACCUGCAGGCGCACCAGAAGACCCACGCGUCCGAGGGGGCCGCUCACCACGCGCAACGGGCGGGGGUCCACCACCACCGUCCGCAGGGGCAUUUGAAGACGCACCCGGCCAUGGGUCAGCGAACUCAAGUUGUGGCACAGUACCACGUUCAGGGACAUUUGAAAACGCAAGCUUCUGCGAAUCAGCAGGCUCGAGCUGUGUUACGCCAACAGCCACACCCGCAAGGGUAUUUAAAGACUCAAGCUUCUGCAGGUCAACGACCUCAGGCUGUGGCCCAGCACCACCUCGUUCAGGUGCAACUGAAAACACAAGCUUCCGAGGCUGCUCUUUCAGGCGGUGGCGGGCCAGCGUCAUGCUCUGCAGGGGCAUUUGAAAACACAGCCUUUUGAAGCACACUCGUGUUUUGGUCCACCACCACCACCACCACCCCCAGGGGCACCUGGCAACGCAGGCCUCUUGGAGGUCAGCAAACGCAUGCGGUGAGUGGGCAGCACCACCACCUGCAGCGGCAUCUGAACACGGGGUUCUGAAGAUGCACACACUCGGUGCAGCGGCUCGCCGCUCUCAUUGCUUGACUUGGCUCAGUGUGAGACACGGUUUUACAAAUCGAGGUUUAAAAAAAAACAUAUCUGGCGAGACUCAAUAAAUUGUGUGCUUAGUGAACUACGUGAUGUCAUGCAUCGCAUGUACAGUUGUCAUGGCAUCACGUGGUGCCAUGAUGACAUCGUACAUGUGACUACUGAUCUUGAUAUCUUGUGUUCAUCUCUAUCUCUUGUACAUCUCUCUGGCAUCUUACUGUCAUCUCUAUAUAUUUCUCUACAGCUCCCCUCAUCUGUAUCUCUUGUUUAUCUAUUUGAUCUCACGAAUCACCUGUCUCUUCACGUCUCGGCUUGCCAACCUCCAAUGAUUAAAGAACCCUGGUUUCACUGGUGAUGAAGCAGUUUGUGAAGGCCACAGAAAUACAAAUGCUGAAGGAUGAACUUAAUUUUUUUUUUAUUAAUCCUUCAAAAGCGGUUUUCUCUACAACCAUUGUGAACUUUGGCAGUCGAUACAAGUGUUUUUUGACGCAGUGAGUGGCUCGGCGUGGGAACGGAUGACAUCCAGAGGCUGCGUGUAGUGUUAUAGACAAGCCGGUUUUAUGGAAUACUGCGUGAUGGAAUAUACUGGCAGUGGUGUACAAGGAAAAGCUGAAAACAUCUCACCACCUUUGCCAUUGUAACUCUGCCUACUAAUAAAACACUUUAUUGGCUGUCA